AUGCCCUCAACCAAGGCAGAUCGCGCGGAAUUUGUUACCAAAGCAGCACACUAUCGAGGUCGGGCGAAGAUUAAACUUGAAUGUUUGAGGUUUGAGGACAGUGGCACGCCGGGUGCGCGCUCCGUGGAUCCUAAGCAUACUGCCCACCUUGUAAAUGUAUUUAAGCAAGAGGGGUGGAAGCGGCUUCAGCCCGAAAACUACAUUCCUGCAGUUGUGUCGCAUGAAGACCUGGCAAAUGCUCUCCAGCUGUCGGAAAUAAGCCAGGGAGAUCUGUUGCAAGAUGGUGAACCGCACACUCUUGAAUUGCCACUUGGAGUCAGUAUCACUGUCAUUCAUGGCAAGCAUCGCCUUUUGGCGGCAAAGCAGUUUGCGGUAGACAAGUUCUUGCUGGAAUCAGAGCAGUGGUGGGUAGUGAAACUGUACAGUGACAGUCUUCCGGCUCCGGCCAGAUCAGCUGUUCGUGAGGAAUACUCCCACACACUUCAGUUCUGUGACGGAGACAUUUAUCGAAGCUGGCGGUUUUAUCAGACACAGGGCAACGUGGAGGAAGCUGCUCGAUGGUUAGCGAGACUAUCCCCUAGGAAGCGGGCAGAUGUGCAGCAGCUACAGAUAAAACAUCACGCAUUGAGCCGAGGAUUCGACCAGCUUCUACCCUUUAUCGGGCUAUGGCCCAAGCUAGAGAUAGUCCCAAGGUACGAUGCGUCCUUCCUCCUUCUACUUAACAGGAGUUCUCAACCAACCCAGGCGCUCCUCCAUUACCUUGACCGAAUGCACUCCAUGUGGAGUGUCAUCCUUGGAGAUCAACGAUACUCGCUGGUUGAUCAGGGUACCGUCGCUUUGCUUGAAACAAUGGCCCCGGGGGACGCAAACGCGGAUGCUGCAUUGAUUCAAGAUCGGAUGAGCCGUCGAGAGAUAUUUCCAGCCAUUGACGAACAAUAUGAACGCGAUGCCAUUCUGCAGAAUAUCUUGGGGAUCAAUGGACGUAUUCUAUCUUUCAACACCUUUUUCCAAGAUUUGAUCUAUCUCGAAGCCUGUGUGAACUCACUCUGCUUUCUUCUCCCUUCAACCUUUCCGGGUUCGCUACGGGACACCUUUACCGGUGUAAACCAGGUAGCCGGAGAGAUCCGCGUUCAAACUAGGGACCAUGGAAUGGUAGUAUGGCCAAAUGAGCGGGGCGAGUGGGACCAAUGCCGGGAAUUGGGAUAUCAACAACUGAUACUUGCUGCCAUGCGCGACUUCCCGUCACUCAGCCAAAUCGCGCCUCGUCGGGAUCAGGGCAAACCAGCGUCCGUAGUUGACAGCCCUAGCGAAGAAUGCCGCCAGGGGAUAGCCAACCUCGCCUUCAACCUCGGCUUUGAGACCUCAGAAAUCAGGAAUUUGCGAGCAGUAGAUCCUACUCGUGAUCUGGCAAGCAAGUUCCUUAGUCGGGCCCGACCUCCCGAGUUUUACGACCUAGAUGAGAACCUUGUCAACGACAUCGUCAGCUAUAUAGCUGAACACCUCCCCAGGGCUGCACGACUUCGGCCGUUAAACCGGCCGCCGGAGUUCACCACUAACCUUCUAUCACAGCCUAAAGACGACCGUUGCAACCGACCGCGCCAUGCAGCCUACAAGAAUGACCGCGAGUACCUCUAUCUUGAUGUAAUUUACAAUUACCAACCCACGGGGGGUUCGCAUCUCACAUCUCUAGCUAUUCAACGAGACAUUUUUGUCAGUUUUUUCAGCCCGCCUUAUACGAAUCACAAUUUCCAUCAUGGUAGUGGGAGCUCAGACCCGCCUCUGGAUUCACCACUGGAACACAGUCUGAGUGUGUAUGACUCCAUGGCGACGGGACAUGCAUCCAGUUCAGAGGGUUGGAACGGUCCGCGAGUUUCCUGGAACAGUUGUUUGACAAGCAGUGCUCAUUUUGAUGCUGGCACUGAAACUGAUUUCUCUUUCUAUAGCCUCGAAUCUGGAAUCUUGCCUUCAGCUGAAGUGGACCAUGCUCUAUCAUCAUCGAAUGUAGAUCUUGUGUUCUAUGACUGUAACAAAAAUCGCCUUGCUGUUUUCCGCAAUCUAUCAGAACAAAGAGCCUUGUUUGAUGAGACAGCAGGCUCAUUGGCAAAUGAUGGUUACUGCUUUGUAAUUGAAACUACGGGCCGACUUGUCAUAUGUCCAUUACAUGAGCUCUGGGAGGCUGUGCAGAGUCGACGUCUGGUUCUUGUUGGAUUGAAGAGAGAUGUGCGAAAGGGACACAGUGGCGCCAACACUCUCCGAGACUUAAUAGGCCAUAUUGAAAGACAUCAGAGGAGAGAAACAUCGGAUACCUCCUGUUCUUUGAUGUAA